UUGCUGGAUGUCGCUGGGUGAUGACGUACAUCCACGUUCCCGGUGCAGCUUGUCAACAAAAACCCAAAACAAAUUGGCGGACGCAUAAAGGUGCAGCUGAAGCGCUGAAGGGAUGCACACGUCAGUGCGUGAAAUUAAUCUCUGCUCAGACACCUCCUACUUCCUGCGGGUGGACUGGGAAGGGUGCAACUUUAGUACCGGCUUCCAGUUGCUGCUUACUGAUGGACAAGAUGCAUGGAGAGGGGAAGUGAGGGGUGAAGUGGUGUGCAAUGAGGCAGAGGAACUGGAGAUGCCAUUGGAAAGAUAUAUCGAGGACGUCGAGCAAGCCUUUACAGGGAGAGAAAACUCCAACACCUACAACUUCACUUUGACACCUAAUCCCCCAGGUCACAGUUCCACUUUGACAUAUGAGAAGAUGCAGAAGGAUAUCUCAUUCAGGCUGGGCUCCGUUCUGCUGAAGGCCGUCCCAGAGCCAGCAGAGGCAGUGAGAAAUUUACUGAUUCACAGUCUGCAGAGGGGAAAUAACCUGCAGCACCACAACCAGAGACUACAGGAGGAGAACGAGAGACUUCGAGGAGAACAGCAACACAUCACUGCAGAACUGAAGCGUUACGUUGGUGGUAAGGAAGCCCUGGAGGCAGAGCUUUACUCUCGGUUUGUCCUGGUUCUGAAUGAGAAGAAAGCAAAGAUCCGCAGUCUACAGCAGGAUGUCACAAAACUGGAGGAAAUGAGGAGUAAUGACCAACGAAAGAAAGACUCAGUAAAGUCAGGUCAGACAAGAGGUCAGGAUGAUGGUGUUGAAGCGGAUGAUUAUGGUGGCAGUACUGAUGAGGACCCAGUGGAGACGCAGUCGACUCCAGCCUCCAGUUUGGAAUCACCGACUCCGGGACCACUGGAUGAAAGCCUGAGUGACCUCACAGAUGUGGCCCCGUCUCGCAAACGGCGCUUUCGUCACCUCAGGGCCCCAGAGGCUGCAGUAAAGCGACCAAACCCAGAGACAUCUCAGAGAAAAAGGAAUGACUCCCCUGCAGGAUCCAGUAAGCAUCAGACUCCCCGGCUCUCUGCAGAUGUUGCUGCAGCAAGUUCUGCAGUGGAAGACCUUUUUGAGGAAUUCUGAUGUUCCACGUCUGCACCUUAUAGACGUAGACAAGACCACAGCAGUGAAAUGCCAAGGCAUCAUAUUUUUAUUGUGAUUGAAUGCAUCUAGUGCUGUAUCUAUAUGGAAGGAUAAAGCACUGCAAAAAAAGGCGUUCAAUGGAUGCUGAUGAGAGAAAUGCUUGGUGAUUCUUUAUAGAGCACUGUAGAGGUUGCUUUUUUUUUAGUAAAGUACACUAAUGACCAAUGUUUGGAAUAGUAAAAAUAAUAAACAUGUUUUUAUCAAAGUUUACAUUAGCUCAGGACUUCUUUGAAAUGUAUAUUUUUCUGAUAUACUUUGCAGGCUACACAUCAACAACUAAUUUUGAUAUUUGUGUAAAUAAAAAGUGAAAGCAAAUAGUUAAUGGACUGAUUCUUACAUAAUUUUCUACUCUUCUGGAGCACUUAAGUGAAGCAUCUAUAAAGCACUUUUAGUGCUUUCUGUCUAACAUUCACACUCCGAUGGAUACAUCAGGGUUAAUAUCUUGCCCCAGGAUAUUUGGCAAGCCACCAACCUUUUGAUUAGCAGAACUGAUCUAACUCCUAAGCCACCCGGGCUGUAGCUUAGGACUUGAACAGCCAGGGAUCAAACCCACAACCUAUUCAUCAAUACAAUUACAAUUACUUUUUUUAAAUUUGUCACAUACACAGUAUAACAUAUAGUGAACAUGCAGUGAAAUGCUUGUGUCCUGAGCUGCAGACAGGCUGCAGCUGUAGCCGUGCCAUUCCAGGGCUGGUUUUUAGCAGUAAGGAUACCCACCUGGUAUCGUGUAUAAUCUGGGUUGUCUGUGAAGGUUCUCAGUCAUCCAGGUCAU